CAGGCAUCAGUCCUUUUCUAGUAUCAAACACACAGGACCAAGAUACUUCACCAUGCCUUCAUCUUUUGCUACCAAUAUGAGGUUCAAAUUUCCUAUCCUCGCCCUUUUUUUGGAGAUUCUAAUAAUAGUUUUAUUUGGCGUUUUUGUAAGCUACAAGGAUUUUUCACAUGGUGACCAUAAACAAGCCUCAAACGAUACCAUCACCAGUGUUAGAUUCUCUCAAUUAUACCCUAUGUUCCAGGAUGUACACGUGAUGAUCUUCAUCGGAUUUGGUUUCCUGAUGACCUUCUUGAAGAGAUAUGGCUUCAGCAGUGUUGGAAUCAAUAUGCUCCUCGCUGCCUUGGGUCUUCAGUGGGGCAUACUGGUGCAAGGCUUCUGGCACCUCCACAAUGGGAAAAUCGAAAUUGACAUUCUAAAAAUGAUUAAUGCAGAUUUCAGCACAGCCACUGUUCUCAUUUCAUUUGGCGCAGUUCUGGGAAAAACUAGUCCUGUCCAGUUACUGAUAAUGACAAUCCUGGAGAUCACUGUGUUUGCAAUGAAUGAGCAUCUGGUCGCUGAAGUGCUAGGGGCUAAUGAUGUUGGGGCCUCAAUGAUAAUCCAUGCUUUUGGGGCUUACUUUGGUUUGGCUGUAGCCCGUAUCCUCUACAGACCAGGGUUGAAAAAUGGCCACGAAAAUGAGGGGUCUGUCUACCACUCUGACUUAUUUGCAAUGAUCGGUACCAUUUUCCUGUGGAUGUUUUGGCCCAGCUUUAACUCUGCUAUUGCUGAUGAAGGUGAAAAUCAGUAUAGAGCUGUUGUAAACACUUACUUCUCAUUGGCUGCUUGUGUCGUUGCUGCAUAUGCAAUCUCCAGCGUUGUGGAACACAAAGGCAAACUUGACAUGGUUCACAUUCAGAAUGCCACUCUAGCAGGAGGCGUGGCAGUAGGAACCUGUGCUGACAUGAACAUCGGCCCCUUUGGAGCUAUGCUUAUUGGUUUGGUAGCUGGAAUCAUUUCAACUGUUGGAUUCAAGUUUUUGUCUCCAGUCCUUGCAUCCAAGCUGGGUAUCCAAGACACGUGUGGUGUUCACAAUCUUCACGGUAUGCCUGGUAUUUUAGGAGGGAUUGCUGGCAUUGUGGCUGUUGCAAUGGGAGCAUCUGAGGGUGCGUCAUAUGAAAUGCAGGCAGCAGCCUUGGCUUCAUCUGUGUCUAUUGCCAUUGUGGGAGGAACUAUCACAGGUUUCAUUUUGAGGCUGCCAAUCUGGGGACAGCCACCUGAUCAAAACUGUUUUGAUGAUUCCAUUUACUGGGAGGUACCAGAAGAGGAGGAAGAGAAUGAGGAGGGCCUGGCUCAUGGAGAGCAUUCCAAUAAUAAGGCAGAGCCAUAGAGCAAAGAGCUCUGGAGGUUGUGAUGAAUGAUAUUGAUAUGGGGAUAAAGAGUACAAAGUGAUCAGGAAAUACUAACACAAACUAUUAGUGUCCAACUAGAAUAUUUCAUUUUUUAUAGUAUGGUUCAACAUUGCUUUUUGUAAGUAAAUUGCUUAUUGGCAUUUUGUUGCAGUGAACCUGGAGUUUUUUAUUUGCAUGUCUGCUAAUUGUUCAUUAGUAUUUUAACAUGGUAUUUUGCUGUGUGUUGGUUUGUCUUGACAUAAAAUAUUGUGACUUUUCUUUCUGAGCCAAAAUAACGUGUCAUGACAAAAAUGUGGUGACAAAAAACUUUUCACAUUGUAUAUCUAUUGAAA